AUGGCGCCCGCAAAGCCCAAAGCCCAGAAGAUGUCCAUAUCGACCUUCUUGGCCGAUGAGAGUCUCGGCUCGUGGGCCGACGAGAUGGACGAUGUGCCCCUUCCAGCCCCCUCGUCCUUGACCAGCUACGGAGGUGAACGCCGCACUAUGGGCAACGCGACUGGCUUUAAUGGUUAUGGUACAAAUCCCGAUUGUCCCGGUGUGUGCGCGAAGGCAUCUGAUACUGACGUUAAAAACCUAGACCGUGACCGUACGAGUUUCACCCCCAGAGAAGAACUCCCUCUUCCAACCCAGCCUCCCUACACCGCUCAUCUUGGGAACCUGUCCUUCGAUGCGACCCAGGGCGACAUCACUGAUCUCUUCGCUGACUGCGAGGUGACAAACGUACGCAUCGUCGAGGACAAACUGACCAGGACCCCGAAGGGAUUCGGAUAUGUCGAGUUCGCUAGCGUCGAGGGAUUAAAGAAGGCCCUCACCUAUUCAGGCACCAGUUUCCAGGGACGGGCGAUCAGAGUCAGCGUUGCGGAUCCACCCAAGGACCGCCCAGAAAGCACAAGGGACUUCAGUGACUGGUCUCGCAAGGGACCUCUUCCGGAUCUUCCCAAUGCUCGUCGUGUCUCUGACAGGCCCGGAUAUGGUCGCAGCUUCGACAAUGUGUCUGAUGCUGGAAGCGACCGGACUAGCAGCCGACGCAACUUCGAGGGUGAUGGAAAGGUCAGAGACUUUGGCAACUGGGAACGCAAAGGUCCUCUGUCCCCUGUGAGCGGGCCCCUUAGAGAGGGCGGUCGCCCGCGCAGCAAUGAGGGUCCGCAGUUCAGGAGAAGCUCCCCCGCUUGGGGCGAAGGACGAUCGCAGGAUGGAUCAAGGCCUCCCAGACGCGAAUUCAAGGAAGAGCGAACCCCAACUGCCCCGGAGCUUGACAACCAGUGGAGAUCUAAGAUGCGACCUGACCCUGCGCCAAAGGGGCCUAGCAACCCUCCCUCUCCUGUCGCUGCUCCUGCGCCAGCAGUGAGACCCAAGCUGAACUUACAGAAGAGGACUGUCUCUGAAGCCGAACCCGCAGCACCUGCAGCACGGCCAGCAGACCCGAAAUCGAAUCCCUUCGGUGCGGCGCGACCGAUUGAUACUGCCGCUAGGGAGCGAGAGAUCGAAGAGAAGCGUCAGCUGGCUAUUCGUCAAAAGAAGGAAGCUGAUGAGAAGGCCAAGGCGGAAAAGGCUGAGAAGCAGCGCCUCGCAAAGGAACAGGCCAAGACUGAAAAGAGAGAAGGCGAUGCCAAUGGCUCGAAAGACGGCGGUGCUGAUACACCCCAGGGUGCUAAGAACCUGAACUUCGAAAUCCUCCGGCGGGCCGGCGAGGAUGAGAAUGGCAUGACUGCCGAUCAUGAAGCGGAAGAGAAGACGGAAGAGGGAUCGAAGGAAGCCCCCAAAGAUGCUGCAUCCGCCAAAACAAACGAGAACUGGAGAAAGAGUCCUGCCCAGCCUGCAGAGGCCGCGGAUGAUGAGGGCUGGAGCACAGUUAGCGCCAAGCAGCGCAACAGCCGUCGCGGACAGUCUGGUCGUGCAUUCCAGUAG